GGAAGUCGCCGCCGCGGUCUCCGCCGCUUCUGCCUUCGCUGCUGCUGCGGUCCCAGCGGAACUUUUCGUGUAGAACGGCCGAGGCGGGCCGAGGCGGGCCCAUCUGCAGAAUGGAGAUAAUCAGGAGCAAUUUUAAGAGUAAUCUUCAAAAAGUGUACCAGGCCAUAGAGGAGGCCGACUUCUUCGCCAUCGAUGGGGAGUUUUCAGGAAUCAGUGAUGGACCUUCAGUCACUGCAUUAACAAAUGGUUUUGACACUCCAGAAGAAAGGUAUCAGAAGCUUAAAAAACAUUCCAUGGACUUUUUGCUGUUUCAGUUUGGCCUUUGCACUUUUAAGUAUGACUACACAGAUUCAAAGUAUAUAACGAAGUCAUUUAACUUCUAUGUUUUCCCGAAACCCUUCAAUAGAUCCUCGCCAGAUGUCAAGUUUGUUUGUCAGAGCUCGAGCAUUGACUUUCUAGCAAGCCAAGGAUUUGAUUUUAAUAAAGUUUUUCGCAAUGGAAUUCCCUAUUUAAAUCAGGAAGAAGAAAGACAGUUAAGGGAGCAGUAUGAUGAAAAACGCCUACAGUCCAAUGGUGCAGGAACUCUGUCUUACGUAUCUCCCAACGCGUCAAAAUGUCCUGUGACGAUUCCUGAGGAUCAGAAGAAGUUUAUUGACCAAGUGGUAGAGAAAAUUGAAGAUUUAUUACAAAGUGAAGAAAACAAGAACUUGGAUUUAGAGCCAUGUACUGGGUUCCAAAGAAAACUAAUUUAUCAGACUUUGAGCUGGAAGUAUCCCAAAGGCAUUCACGUUGAGACUUUAGAAACUGAAAAGAAGGAGCGAUACAUCGUCAUCAGCAAAGUAGAUGAAGAGGAACGUAAAAGGAGGGAGCAGCAGAAACACGCUAAAGAACAGGAAGAACUGAAUGACGCUGUGGGAUUUUCUAGAGUUAUUCAUGCCAUUGCCAAUUCGGGAAAACUCGUCAUUGGACACAAUAUGCUCUUGGAUGUCAUGCACACGGUUCAUCAAUUCUACUGCCCUCUGCCUGCGGACUUAAAUGAGUUUAAGGAGAUGACAACAUGUGUUUUCCCCAGACUCUUGGAUACAAAAUUGAUGGCCAGCACACAACCUUUUAAGGAUAUCAUUAACAACACAUCUCUUGCAGAACUGGAAAAGCGGUUAAAAGAGACACCUUUCAACCCUCCUAAAGUUGAAAGUGCAGAAGGUUUUCCAAGUUACGACACAGCUACUGAGCAACUCCACGAGGCAGGCUAUGACGCUUAUAUCACAGGGCUGUGCUUCCUCUCCAUGGCGAACUACCUAGGUUCUUUUCUUAGCCCUCCAAAAAUUCACGUGUCUGCCAGAUCAAAACUCAUUGAACCUUUUUUUAACAAGUUAUUUCUUAUGAGAGUCAUGGAUAUCCCCUAUCUCAACUUGGAAGGACCAGACUUGCAACCAAAACGCGAUCAUGUUCUCCAUGUGACAUUCCCCAAAGAAUGGAAAACCAGCGACCUUUACCAGCUUUUUAGUGCCUUUGGUAACAUUCAGAUAUCCUGGAUUGAUGACACAUCAGCGUUUGUCUCUCUCAGCCAGCCCGAACAAGUACAGAUUGCCGUCAAUACCAGCAAAUACGCGGAAAGCUAUCGGAUCCAGACCUAUGCUGACUAUGUGGGAAAAAAACACGAGGAGAAGCAGAUCAAGAGAAAGUGGACAGAAGAUAGUUGGAAGGAGGUUGAGAGAAAGCGGUUAAACACUCAGUGCAUAUCCUAUGCUCUGCAGAAUCACUAUCACCACGCCAAUAGUCUUACCUCGACCAGCACGGUAGGAAAGAGAAAUCUGAGCCCCAGCCCAGCAGAAGCUGACUUGGAGACCAGAAUAUCAGGGGAGAUUUCUGACACUGAGCUGGAGCAGACAGAGUCCUGUGCAGAAUCCCUCUCCGAGGGAAGGAAAAAGGCCAAGAAAUUAAAAAGGAUGAAGAAGGAGCUUUCGCCAGCAGGAGGCCUCCCGGGCAGCCCUGCCAAGCUCUUCGAGGUUCCCGACACGUGGUAACCGAGACCCGAAGGAAAACAAAUCGCUGGUGCCGUGGCUGAGGAGGACCCAGCUGGCACAUUCAGAAGCCAUACUGUAUUUAAUUUCAUGAAAUGUGGUAUGGGAGGGGUUUGAAGCCAAGUCUGUGUCCUGGCAAAAACCCAGUUUCUUUUAUUUGUGUGGCUGUGUUUCUUUUCUUCCUUUUUAAUGUAAACUGUCUGCUGACACUCAGCACGGUUGUAGGCCGUCUUGAAUGUGCACAUUAUUAACCAGUUGAUGAUUUGUUGCUCACGUGAAACCCCUUUUCCAGUGUCGUGAAUUUUAGCGCGUUUAAGAACCUGCCUGGUGGGGAUCGUCGGCUGUGAAAUAAGCGAAGAGCUGACAUUCUUGGGCGCCGGGAUCAUGAGUUUUGGGGUUGAAGUCUUUACUGCUUCGAGAGGUUUCUUUUCGUGUUCUCAUGCGCAGAUUUGGGGGCCUCCGCAGCACGCGGUUACAGUCUCCCCCGUGGAGAGACCCCUCGCGUCUGCCCACUUCCCGCCAUAGCUGCCUGAAAAUACUAAGCACUCCAGCUUGUUUUUCCAGUAGGAAAAUGUCUAACGCCGUCCACCCAUAAAGACGCUUACCAUAUGCCUUGGCCUUUGGGGCAUUUUUAUUUAGAGACCUUCUUCCUAACUUGUGAGUUUCUCAAGGCGAACUGGACGAGUACAAAAAGUUCACUUCUGUUUUUACACGUAGUGCUGUGUUCCCUUUUCCGUACCUUAGCCUGCUCACCGUCUCUGUUCGGGAGUGUGUCUGGGGGUAAGGUGGCAUGUGUGUGUACACGUGCGUGUGUGUGUGCGUGUGUGUGUGAAAUCACAGAUUACAACGUGUACCAGCCCUCUCUCUGUUGAAACAGAUCACAGCAGCGACAGGAUUUCAUGGAUCUACUUCCGUAGGUCUGUUUCAUGUAGAUCAUUGUUAGAUAUUUAACAUUUUUUUUGUAUCAUGGAAAAUAAAAAUGAAAAAUGUAUUUCCAAGAGAUGAAAAUUAAAGAAAUUUUCCUAGG